CCGCAUCGAUAAGCCGAUAACAUUGUCCAUUCGUGACAACCCUAACUCCAUGCGUGGCUUGAAACGUGUAAAAUAAUAAAAGUUUUGUUAAUUCCGAGCACUGCAUUUAGUGUUGAGGUAGUUAAAUCGCACCUGCAGGUCACCAGGUGGACGCCACUGCCUUAAACAGCCUAUAAAGCAACAGAUCGAAAACGUCUGGAAACCGAGUUGGCUGGGCUAAACACCCACAACAAACAGAAUACACCGAACCAUAAUAUUUGGAGUAGACCUCAUUGAAUUGAAAGUCUGGCUUUAAUACCCUCCGCUAAAGCAUACACCCCCAACAAGCUAACAAACAUUGAGGAGUCCGUUUGUGUGCGCGUUUUUUAGUGCCAUUGCCAUUCCCAAUUUCUAUUUCCAUUCGCUAUCCCAUCCCAAGAAAUCUGACCGCGUGUGUUCUGUGUGAGUGCGGGAGCAGCAAGAAGAAGCAGCCGUUUGAAGGAGGGCGAAAGUGUGUCGUCGCGUGAAAAAAGCGAGAGAGAGCAAGAUUUUCAUCGGGAAAACAGAGGAGGAUUAACGGACGCACAGCAACGAUGGCCGCCCAGGAAAACACGGAGAUCAGCACAAAGUUCUCCACGCUGAAUGUGAACGCGGUGGAAUUUGUGCCCAGUUUCAGUUACAAUAGCGUUGUCGCUGCGGCCGAGGAGGCGGCGGCGGUAGUGGUUGCAGCGGUGGCACAGGAGGCGGAUCCGGGUCCCGCCUCUGGCUCAGCCACGCCAGCCACGACACCUGACUCCGUUGGCAGCGGGGGAUCCACAGCGGGAGCAGCACCACCGCCUGCAGCUUCACAGGCGGCGACUGCGGCGGGGGCACCAGCACCACCCGCAUCAUCUUCAAAUUCCGCAUCGCCAGCACCGGGUUCGCCAGCCACUACGCCUUCUGCAGCAGCAGCGGCGGCGGCGGCUCCAACGCCCAUUGAAGGUCUCAACCCCCCGGAUAAGAUCGCAAACAAUGAAACCGAUCCCGCUGAUAGCUGGGAUGUGGACGAUGCAGUAAUCACACCCGAGGAUGAGGAGGUUGAGGAUUCCGAGUUCGCGGAGGGCGAAGCCACUCCCAAAGUGUCCAAGAAGAAGGUAGUGAAGGUGGAAGAAAAUAGAAGCAAGCGGGAGCACGUGAAUGUUGUGUUCAUUGGCCAUGUUGAUGCUGGUAAAUCAACAAUCGGAGGACAGAUCAUGUCGCUCACAGGAAUGGUGGACAAGCGGACGUUGGAGAAAUAUGAACGAGAGGCUCGUGAGAAGUCGCGCGAGAGUUGGUAUUUAUCGUGGGCGCUGGACACCAAUCAAGAGGAGCGUGACAAGGGCAAGACUGUCGAGGUGGGACGAGCCUUCUUCGAGACAGAUCGUAAGCAUUUUACCAUCCUGGACGCUCCCGGUCAUAAGAGCUUCGUGCCGAACAUGAUUGGUGGAGCGGCGCAGGCUGAUCUCGCUGUAUUGGUCAUCUCGGCGCGAAAGGGUGAAUUCGAGACGGGCUUCGAUCGUGGCGGCCAGACCCGAGAGCACGCCAUGUUGGCCAAAACCGCUGGCGUCAAGCAUCUGGUCGUACUGGUCAACAAAAUGGAUGAUCCCACUGUCAGUUGGGAUCAGACGCGCUACAACGAAUGCAAAGACAAGAUACUACCAUACCUCAAGAAGCUGGGCUUCAACCCGGCCAAGGACCUUACCUUUAUGCCUUGUUCUGGCCUUAGCGGCUACGGCCUGAAGGACCAAAUCCCAGAGACGCUCUGCCCCUGGUAUCGGGGGCCCGCCUUCAUUCCGUUCAUCGAUGAGCUGCCCUCGCUCAACCGCAAAUCUGACGGGCCAUUCAUCAUGCCCAUCGUGGACAAGUACAAGGACAUGGGCACUGUGGUGAUGGGCAAGGUUGAGUCCGGAACGGCGCGAAAGGGCCAGAACCUGCUGGUGAUGCCAAAUAGGACGCAAGUGGCGGUGGAUCAGUUGUUCUCCGACGACUUUGAAGUCACAUCUGUUGGUCCCGGCGAGAAUGUCAAGAUCAAGCUGAAAGGCAUUGAGGAAGAGGAUGUCUCUCCCGGUUUUGUGCUUUGCGACGCCGCUAAUCCCAUCAAGACGGGAAAAAUCUUUGAUGCUCAGGUCGUAAUCUUAGAACACAAAUCAAUUAUCUGUGCGGGUUACUCGGCUGUCAUGCACAUACACUGCGCUGCCGAAGAAGUCACAGUUAAGGCCCUUAUCUGUUUGGUCGAUAAAAAGACUGGCGACAAAUCAAAAACACGUCCACGGUUCGUUAAGCAGGAUCAGGUUGCAAUUAUGCGAAUUGAGUGCUCCGGAAUGAUUUGCCUUGAACAGUUUAAGCUAUUCCCACAAAUGGGCCGUUUUACGCUCAGAGAUGAAAAUAAAACGAUUGCCAUUGGCAAGGUGCUGAAGGUGGUCGAAUAAAUUGAGCCAAGCUGAAUUCGAGCGCCCGCCUUUAACUGCGAUUUUCGAGAUAGCAUUGCCUAAGAAGAGAAAACAGCCACAACAACAGCAACGCCACGCCACGCUUUCUUCACAUUUGACAAAUCCACAUAAAAACAGUACACACCCACGCUCGAGCUCUCACUCUUACAUAUGGUUACUUUACUUUCUACCAGAAAUAGCAAUUGAUUAUGCAUUGAUUAGAGGAAGGUUAAAUAGGAAUCAAAUCGAAACGGAACGGCAAUGUAGAGUGCAUUAUAAGAACGGCAGGCGAAAAGUUAAUUUAAAACCCGGACGCACGGAUGGAGAGUUCAGAGAUAGAAACAGAAAUGCAUUAUAUACGAAAUAUAUACUAUAUUAUGUAUAACUAAGCAGCAAAAUCGAAGCCAGCGAACGCGAAACAAGAUGAACUAUUUAUAUAUAUACACAAACAAGCGACUCACGUAUAUAUAAAUAAUGUAUGCGAAGAGCGAAAGAGAGUUGAAGAGGAGCCACGAUUGAUAACUGAUAAAGCAUUCAUAGUUUCUUGGAAAAAUUUUGUUUGUUAAGGCCCUCUCUCAAGGAUAUUGAGAAUUAGUCGUCGUUUAACUUUGGUUUACUAUUUUUGUAUAAACUGUAGGCAUAAAAAAGCGUCACGUACAUGCCUAAAUCGCGCGCAAGACGUGAAUUUUUUAAUACUAAAAACUAAAAAGCUGCAAGCUACCCCAUUUUUGUAUUUGUACAAGCAAAAGCUAGAACCCAAUCCUCCUUACCCAUUCAACUUCCUGUAUGCGCCUUCAAAUUGCAAAUUUGUUAAAUACCCUGCAAAAUACAAUACGAUAUUUCCGCUCUUCUUUUUUACAUGAUAUAAUCUAAAUGCUUUAAUUUAAGUUUAAGCUUAAAGAAAAUGGAGUAAAGUUCGAUUCGUAAGCUCAAAAGUCUUUGAAACAUUGAAGAACACGACGGAAGAAGCCUAACAGAGAAACGAACAUUAUCACUUACGUAAACAUCUUAUUGUUAACUUUAAUCUUAGCCCUCUGAUAAUACCACUUUAUUUUGCUGAUUCAAGCUAAUAUUUGAUUUUUUACAAUUUAGUUAAUUGAAGAAUUCGUGCGAGUUGAACACGAAACAACUUAUGAAAAAAUAAAAUGCCUUUUGCUACCAAGCAGAAACAAAAACACAAAGAA